CAGGAAUAGCCAAAACGAACCAAUCGCGGGAUUCGUGGGAUGUCCUCGUGGUGCGCGGAGUUUCUAUGGCAAAGUGCGUGAGUUUGAGAAACAGCAAGAAAUACUUAAUAUGGUUUGCUCACGAACAUGUGCCCUUCCGAAUGCCGGAGAUUCAUUCAAUAGCUUCGAUGUUUGGGCUGUCACUACAGUUCCUUGAAGCUCCCGAAGAAGAGCCCUACGCGAUCGUGGAGCUGUCAGGCGAUUCUGAUGCAAGGAAACUUGCUUCAAGGAGUGUGCUUGUAAGAUCCAUAAUCGAACUAUGGGCGCAUGGAUCUAAAACACAAGAUGUCCAGAACCAAUUACGGCAAUAUCCAGCGGGAUUCUGGGAUUUCUAUGGUAGAGAGGACCAGUCAUUCAAAAUAAAUGUCGAUCUGUUUGGAAAACGAAAGGUACCUCGAGAUGUUAAGGUUGAAAAGAUUGAGGAGUUUGACUUCCUGCCUUUGAAAGGCCCCAUAAAGAUGGAUAACCCUGACCAUGUGUUCCACCUAAUAGAAUACUAUGGCCUCGUUCCAAACUAUAUUCCGCCAAAACCACACAUGGUCUUCUUCGGACGUUGGGUUUGUGAUGGGCAGAGAUUCCUGAAAUCUCAACUUUCCCUGAAGACGCGCAAGUUUAUAGCAAACACAUCUAUGGAUCCAACUCUCUCUAUCAUCAUGGCCAAUAUGGCUAAAGUGGAACAAAAUCACCUUGUCCUCGAUCCUUUUGUGGGAUCUGGGAGCCUUCUAGUGCCUGCUGCUUACUACGGUGCAUACGUUAUGGGAACAGACAUAGACUACAUGUUACUGCACGGUAGAGCAAAACCGAGUCGCUGCAACGAGAAACGGAGAGCAGCAGACGAAAGCGUCCGUGCCAACCUGCACCAGUACGGCAUCGAGUCCCGAUUUGGCGACGUAAUCAUCGCAGAUUCGUCUCUUCCCCUCUGGCGGGAUGGCAUUCGGUUUGACGCGAUCGUUACGGACCCUCCCUACGGAAUUCGAGAAGCUACCGAGAGAAUUGGCACCCAUAAGAAGUACACAAUCCCUGGUCAUCUUGCAGAACAACACAUUCCGUCCAAGGUUGCCUACAGCCUGAAGAAUGUCAUAUGCGACCUCCUCAAUUUCGCUGCACAGUACUUGUCUCUGGGCGGAAGGAUAGUCUUCUGGAUGCCGUUUUAUAAUGCAGACUUUUCCGAGGCCCUCCUCCCGAGCCAUCCUUGUCUGGAACGAAUUGCGUGCAGUGAACAGCCUCUGACAAAACAUUCAUCACGUUUGCUUAUCACGCUGGAGAAGACACGAGAGCCAGCUGAAACCUCCCUUGCCACAAUGUCGGAGACAGCUGACAGCUUUCGCGAAAAAUACUUUGCACAAAUGAAAACGAUCAAGAACAAUCACGAUGACGACAGCAGAUGACACGCCAUAUUUGUAUAAGGUUGUUAUAGCAUCUCAUAUUUGUUAAAAUUUGUUACAUGGAAUACACUCUGAACUUCUUUUGCGCAAGAAAAUAA